UUUUUUAUACAAAAAAUCCAUGUAGUAGUUUGGCAAAAAAUCCAUGUAGUAGUUGAGAGCGUACGGAAGCAUCAAAUUUGAAUAAGAUCCAAAAUUACAUUUCCUUGCUCUCUCUCUCUGUCUAUGCAAUACAGUGAGCGAGUCUGAGAUAGAGAGAGUAGGCAAUGGCGAGUAUGGGUCGUAAAGAAAAGGGCCAACCGCUUCGCGGAUCUCGAAUUGCUGUAGCCAUUUUGAUCGGAGUUCUUCUGGGUUGCGUCUUUGCCGUUUUUUAUCCUCAUGGAUUCUUUUCCUCCUCCGAUUCCGCUGCCGUCCAUCGUACAAUUUCUACAUCCAAUUUUCAGAUUGGCGCGUCUUCGUGUGAAUCAGCUGAACGAAUUAAAAUGCUUAAAUCCGAUAUUAUAUCACUCUCCGAAAAGAAUGCGGAGUUAAAGAAGCAAGCAAGGGAACUCAAUGAAAAGCUACAGCAAGCUGAACAAGGAAAAGAUAAUGCUCAGAAGCAGGUUUUGGUGCUGGGUAAACAGCUCAAAGCUGGACCUUUUGGUACUGUUAAUAGUAUGAGGACUAACCCAACUGUUCUUCCCGAUUCGUCUGUCAAUUCGAGAUUGGCAAAACUCUUGGAGGAGAUUGCUGUUGAGAAUGAGCUUAUAGUUGCGCUUGCGAAUUCAAAUGUGAAAAGCAUGUUGGAGGUAUGGUUCACUAGCAUCAAGAGAGUUGGUAUUCCUAAUUAUCUUGUUAUAGCAUUGGAUGAUCACAUCGUUGACUUUUGUAAGUCGAACGAUGUUCCUGUUUACAAACGAGAUCCAGAUGAAGGUAUUGAUUCAGUUGCGAGAACUGGGGGCAAUCAUGCUGUCUCUGGAUUAAAGUUUAAUAUUUUGAGAGAAUUCUUGCAGUUGGGAUACAGCGUGCUGCUUUCGGAUAUUGAUAUAGUAUAUUUGCAGAACCCAUUUGAUCAUCUUUACAGAGAUUCAGAUGUUGAAUCUAUGACUGAUGGGCACGAUAAUAUGACAGCUUAUGGAUAUAAUGAUGUCUUCGAUGAACCUGCUAUGGGUUGGGCUCGAUAUGCUCAUACAAUGAGGAUAUGGGUCUACAACUCUGGUUUCUUUUAUAUAAGACCUACAAUUCCUUCAAUUGAGCUUUUGGAUCGUGUUGCUGAUCGCUUGUCUCGACAACCAAACUCAUGGGAUCAAGCCGUUUUUAAUGAGGAGUUGUUUUACCCUUCGCAUCCCGGGUAUGAUGGUCUCCAUGCUUCCAAAAGAACUAUGGAUUUCUAUAUGUUUAUGAACAGUAAGAUCCUCUUCAAGACUGUGAGGAAAGAUGUUAACUUAAAGAAGCUAAAGCCAGUAAUCGUUCAUAUAAACUACCAUCCUGAUAAACUUCCAAGAAUGCAAGCAGUUGUAGAAUUCUAUGUUAACGGUAAGCAAGAUGCGUUGGAGACUUUCCCUGAUGGAUCUGAUUGGUAGGGGUAUUAACUUCAGAAGAUCACAGCAACAAUUAGGUUCAUCUCGCAGAUACGCUCAUCAUUUCACUUGCUAUAGAUUAUUUCCGUUUCCUUGUAGUGCCAUUUGUUGUUAUACUUUAUAUGAUACAGGUAGGCUAAUGUGAAUUUACAUUUAAAAGGCAAUGUUAUAUAUGUUUCCUAGGAGAUGCUUUGAGGUCUGAUUUUUGUACUGCUUCUGCAACUUCAUUGGCAUGUUUUUGUGGUAUAUUCUGCGGACAGGAAUCUUGUUUUCGCA